AUGAUAGGCAGUCAUUUCAAAUAUUCGGCCAAUUACAAAUCUGUAAACUUGUCAGCAAGUACUUACUUUGUGCCUGAGUUCACUUCCAUGCAAUACUUGAAUUAUGGUGCUGCAGUGAGUGAGGUUGAGGUAAACCUAUUGACUGGAGAAACCAGAAUCUUGCGAGCAGAUAUUAUUUAUGACUGCGGACAGAGCAUGAAUCCAGCUGUGGAUUUGGGACAGAUUGAGGGGGCUUUUGUACAGGGACUUGGAUUUUUUAUGCUUGAAGAAUACCUUACAAACUCAGAUGGAUUAGUGACUGGGAAUGGAACAUGGACAUACAAGAUUCCGACACUUGAUACCAUACCCAAAGAGUUCAAUGUUGAGGUACUUAACAGUGGACAUCAUCAAAAACGUAUUCUCUCCUCUAAAGCUUCUGGUGAGCCACCAUUACUUCUGGCAGUUUCAGUUUACUGUGCCACAAGAGCAGCCAUUGAAGAAGCCAGAAAACAACUUUUUUGUUGGAAUGGAUUAGAUGGGUCUUAUUCCAGAUUCCAGCUAGAGGUCCCUGCCAUCAUGCCCACUGUGAAGGAACAAUGUGGGCUGAACAAUGUGGAGAGGUACCUCCAAAGCUUGCUCUCCCGUUGA